CAUUUGAAGUUACAAAAGUAUCUCGCAAUGGAUAUCAAAAUGAGUCCUCUUAUUCAAGGUACUAGAAUCUUGAGGAGGUUUUCAAAUUCUGGAGGUGUUCCAAAAGGUCAUUGUGCAGUAUAUGUAGGAGAGAGCCAAAAGAAGAGAUUUGUCGUGCCAAUAUCUUACUUGAGCCAACCUUUAUUUUGCGACUUGUUAAAUCAAGCUGAAGAAGAGUUUGGCUUCGAUCAUCCAAUGGGUGGUCUUACAAUACCUUGCAAAGAGGACGUGUUCGUUGAUAUCACUUCCCACUUGAGGAGAACAUGAAUUGUAUCAAAGUGCAAAUUCUCUUGCACAUGAAAUUAUGUAAAGUAGUAGGACUUAGAUAUUAGAAAGAGGAAAAUCCACUGUAUAGUUCAGAUACACUAGAAACUAGAAAAUUUCUUCAAUGAUCAAUUAAUGAA